AUGGAAACGUUAGUUAGUGAAAAUAAUAUUAAUACAAAAAGCGAAGAUGGUAAUGAAAAUAGUGAAAAGUUAGCUGAAGAUUCAAAUAAUGUUAAAGGUGAAGAAAAUGAACUAAUAUAUGAAAAAAAAGAGGAAAUAUAUACAAAUUAUGUUGAGCAAGAUAAAUUAGAUGUACCAUCAUUAGUAGAAAUAUGUAAACAACAAUUAAUAGUUAUCUUAAAGGAUAUGUGUACUGAUUCAAAUAAUUCAGAUGAAAAAAUAUCAUUUUUAUAUCAUUUGAAUAGGUUGAGAAAUGCACUAACAGUUGUCGAUUUACAUAACUAUAUAGCCGUAUUUGGGCCAUGUUUAAGUUACAAUAAAUUGCCAUCUACUUGGAAUAUUUCAGUGUGUGAUUAUUUAAAACAACAAUUAAAUAUUUUACGAGCAGCAGAUUCACAGCAAAAUUCAAAUAAUUAUAUGAACUACUAUGAUUUACAUAAUGAAUAUGAAGAAGCUAUAAUAAAUAAGAAACAAAAUUUUGCUAAUAAUUCUAAUUUUGAUAAUAAUAAUGCAAAUAGUAGUUUUAAUUUAGCAAGUAUGGUAAGCUCAUCAAAAGAUAAUACAAAUUUAAGUAUUAAUGGUAAAAUUAUAAAUCAAAAUAAUUUUUUAAAUAAUGGAGGCAAUAUGAAUAAUUAUGGUGAUCAAAAUGAAAAUAUGGUAGACGAUUAUUAUGAUUGUCUGAUGCGAACAAAAUUACCAAAUGAAUCUCUUAAUAAUUUAAAAUAUAUGAUGAAUGAAAAACAAGCUAAUUCUAACAAUGCAGAUGUUGAUAAUGUUUUAUCCUAUUUAAAAAAAUAUGAACUAAAAUCAAAUAAAAAUAAUACAAAUAAAAAUGAUGACCCUUCAAAAUAUAAUAAUAAAGAAUCGGAUUACGAUUAUCAAGAAGAAUAUUUAAAAGAUAAAAUGUUAUAUGAUUCAGAUAUGGAUGAAAAUAAUAUGAUGGAUCCCAACUUUUUAGAUGGUGCAUAUAAUAAUGGUAUGAAUGGAAGAGGCCCUCAAGAUUAUGAUAAUAGUGGCAAUAGCAUGAUCGGAAUGAAUAGUAAUGGUACCAAUAUAAAUAAUAAAAAUUAUAAUAUAAAACUUGAAAAAAUAAAAAAAAAUGAUACAAUGAAUAGUUGGAAUAAACCUAAUACUGAAGGUCACCCUGAAUAUUUGCCAAGAAUUCCAGGUGUUCGAUUUAAUCCUAAAAAACAACAAUGGCUAGCUGCUUGGAAUGACAAUACAAGAGAAAUAAGAAAAUAUUUUUCAGUUAAACAAUAUGGUUUUGAACAAGCCAGAAUAUUAGCUGUUAAAGCUCGACAAGAAGCAGAAAAGGCAGGUGCAAGAUGCAAGCCAAUGUUUCAUGUACAUGGUAGAAAAGCAAUGGAUGGUAUAUCUAAUGAAUUAAUAAAAGUUAGUCUUAUAAAUACUCAGAUGAGUAGUAAUGAAAUGGAUCAAAAUUAUAAUAACGGUAUCCCUAAUGGAAGUAAUAAUGCAAUGAUGGGAAAUAAUUGUAAUAUGGUUAUGGGCAAUGGUAAUAAUCUCGGAGGAUUCUCCAAUGGUAUGAAUAAUUUGAACGCAAUAAAUGACAUGCAUAACAUGGGUGGAAUGAAUGCAUUAAAUGGGAUGAACCAAUUAAAUGGUAUGAAUAUGGGAAAUAUGAAUGGUGAAAAUAAUAAUGCAAUGUUGGGAAUGGGAUUAGUUACUUCACCCAAUGGCAUAUUAACUAAAAAAGAUUUAUUAAAAAGUGAAACAAAUAAAGGAAUAAAAAGGGGUCGAGGCAGACCACCGAAAAGGAAACUGAGUGAAGAUUCACAUCUAUCAUUAGAUGAAAUAGAACAAAAUAUACGAAGAGGAUAUAUUGCUAGUAAUAAUGGAGGAAUGAAUGAUAAUGCAGAAUUGUUAGAAUGUAUGGAUUCAUAUGAAAAAGAUUGUACUAGACCUAUGAAAGGGGUUUCAUAUAAUGACAGAAAAGGUUCAUGGCUAGCUUAUUGGUCAAUUGGUAAAAAUUUUCAAAUGCGACGAUUUCCAAUUAAAAAGUUAGGUUUUGAAAAAGCUAAAGAAUUAGCUAUCCAAUGUCGAUUGGAAGCUGAACAAGCUGGUGCAACAACAACUGAAAAUAGAAAUAAAAGAGGAAGAAAUUUAUUAAAUAGUAAUAUAGAUGGAAUGAUAGAUAAUGGUUCAAUGUUAGAUCAGGAUGAUAACAUGAACGAUCAUACGAAUGGGGUCAAUAAAGGGAUGAAUAGAAAUAUGUUAUUACCACAUAUGCAUAAUUUUAAUAAUGGGCACAGUAUAGGAAAUAAUAUAGCAAAUUCAGGAGCAAACCCAUAUCAACAUCAUGGAAUGCUUGGAGUUAUAGGAGGUGUACAUAAUAAAAUUCCACAUAGUGAUGGGCAAGAUAGUGAAAAUGAUUUUUCUCCUACAAAAAGAACUAGAGCUCCAAGAGGUCGACGUAUGGAAAGUUUAACUGCAAGAGCUAAUGCAUUAACACCUGUUGAAGGAGUUAGAUUUGAUCCAUAUUCAUAUUCAUGGUUUGCUAAAUAUUUAGAAAAUGAAAAUUCCAAAGAACCCAAAAUUUCAAAAUAUUUAUUAAAAAAAUGGGGAUUCAACAAGGCACAUAGUUUAGCUGUACAUACUGUUAAAUGUGCAUAUAAAGCUGUUCCAUUUACAGAUGAAGAAUUAUUAAACAUAUUUAAUAUUGACACAAAAAACAUGAUGAAUAAUGGUACCAAUCCAAAUGGUAUGAUCAAUAUAAAUUUUAAGGAUAAUUUUGCUAAUGGUGGGGUUGAUAAUAAUGCACCAAAUUUUACUUCAAAUAAUUUUGGAAAUAAUAAUAUGAUGAAUAACAUAGGAAUGAUAAACGGAGGAGUUGGUAAUAAUUCAAAUAUGGAUAUGAAUAUGCAUGGAGGUAGUUCUGGAAAUAUAUCUAAUAUCGGGAAUAUACCAAAUCAAAUUAAUAAUAAUUAUCCGGGAAAUAUCGGUGCAUUUAAAAAUUAUACCAGCCCAGGGGUUGGAAAUAAUGGUAUGGUUGUAGUACCACCAGGUAUGAAUAACCUUGCUGAUUUAAAUGCAAUAAAUGGAUUAGACCCGAAUGGAGCUAAUGAUAAUAAAAUAAUGGAUCCAUCAAAUAUAAAUGGAAAAAAUAAUAAUUUAGAAAAUGAUAAUACAGGAAUGGAUGGGAGGAAUAUCGGAAACCCAAUAAAUAAUAAUAUAAAUCAAGUUAACAAAAUUAAUCAUAUGAAUGGUUAUAAUUUUAAUAAUUUACAUACAGGAGGAGUAGGAAAUAUUAUUGGAAAUAAUAAUGUUAGUGGACAUGGUGACAAUAUAAAUAAUUAUGUACCAAAUAUAGAUGGGUCUAAUACAUCAGGAGAUAAAAUGAAUUCAUUAAAUAACUAUUUGAUUGAUGAUAAUAAAAAUAAUAUGGAACAUGGAGGAAUAAAUCAUGGUGCAAAUAAUAAUAAUUCUGUAUAUGGUCAGAUGGAUAAUGAAAUGGCUAGCCAUAAUAUGAUAGAUCAAACAUAUGGAAUCCAAAACAAUAAUAAUAAUCAUGGAAAUAUGAAUCCAGAUAUGAUAAACAAUUUAAUGGAUCAUAUAAAUAACAAUGACAAUAAUACGGAUAUGGGUAAUAAUACUCAAGAUGAAAAUAAUAACAGUAAUAAUUCGUAUGAGCAAAAUGGAGGCAGCAAUUUUAAUGGGUAUACAAAUGAAGAUGGAAUGGAAAUGUAA